CAUUUAAGCAAACACCUUGUGGUGUUUUAUUGCAAAAUUGGCCGAAAAGAAACGAACCUAUAAAAACUUGCCCAAGAAGAGAGAGAAACCAUAGCAAAUAUUAAUACAUACAAGAAUGAAAUCUCUGAACAAAUUCUUCAUUUCAUCAACUCCAUUUACUCUCACUAGUCCACCAUAUUCGCCGGCCAACAAGAAGUCUUCGAAUUUCCAUCCCGGCAGCAGAAGAACCCACAGAGUUCAUCUUACCCCAAAAGCUCACAACGACAAUGGCAGUAAGAUUGCGUCGAAGAAGACGAUUACUUUACCUCCAAAUGCUACAACCAUUACCAGCACUUCAAACCCAUUUGUGAAACACUGCGUCAAGAUUCGCCAGAGCUCCUCUUACCGCCAUUUUUAUGGCUAUGUUCUUGUAGUUGGCGCCACUCCGAUAAGGGAAAUAUGCAGCUUUCAUAAAGCAGUGUCGGAUAGGCCUAUAAUCGAGUGCUUGUUUGUGCUCGACAACUAUUUUAUCCCUGAAGAAAUAGAUGACAAUGAUGUUCGUGUCAUUCACGUUAAUUUGGAGGUGAUAAAGAAACUUUCUGGUGUACAAUCUGUUGAUUCUGUUGAAGUCAUUGCCUUGGUCAGAAUUCCUUCGACGUUUCACAUUGCCACCGAUAAAGGUUUCGGUGGAUUGUUUUCGUUACCUCAUCGAAUUCUAGUUCUUGAUGGAAUCCAGGAUCCUGGCAAUCUAGGCACACUCGUUCGAUCUGCUACGGCUUUUAGAUGGGACGGAGUUUAUCUUCUUCCUGGAUGUUGCGAUCCAUUCAACGACAAAGCACUGCGUGCUUCUCGAGGGGCAUCUUUUCAGAUUCCAAUAGUUUCUGGUAAUUGGCAACAAAUAAAUAUUCUCAGACAAGAAUUUCGAAUGAAAAUGUUUGCGGGCCAUCCAUCAAAUGAAUUAGUUACCGGGCUUUCGAAAGAAUUUGCCGAUUCUGUAGCAAAUUCGCCCCUGUGUCUGAUUUUGGGCAGCGAAGGAGGCGGGCUUUCUGAAGAUAGUAUGCGGGCUUGUGAGCUUGUGAGUAUUCCAAUGGCUGGUGAUUUCGAGUCUUUGAAUGUUUCCGUAGCUGGUGGAAUUUUCAUGUAUAUGUUGCAGAAUCGGAACAAAUAAAACCGUUUUUUUCGAUUUCGUUCAUUUUUUGUUGUUGUAUCGUUUAUAGUUUAUUGAGUUAGUUGCAAUUUUGGAGAUGUAGAUCUAAGUCCAUCUGCAUUUAGUACCCAUGUGUUAUAUCGAAUUGUUAAAAUACUCUUCGUGUUAUUAAUUUUAGGAGGAAAAAAAAAUUAUAUGA